AUGGAAAAAGUCAUGGAUCCGGAGAAAUCGCUAGACCCCUUCGCUGGGGAGGAGGCUGGUGGAGUGCAGUAUAGGAGUAUGAAGUGGUGUGGGAAAGCUAAUCAAAUCACAGUGAUGAUUGCCCAGUCUGUCUCAUUGGGUGUUCUUUCGCUGCCCUCUUCAAUGGCAGUCUUGGGUUUGGUCCCUGGUUGUAUUAUAAUUGUUGGAAUUGGAGCCAUGACGACUUACACCGGAUAUGUCGUCGGUCAAUUCAAACUGCGAUACCCCCAAGUCCACAACAUGGCUGAUGCGUCAGAGAUUUUGUUCGGUCCUUGGGGCCGCGAGAUCUUCGGGGUCGCCCAGAUUCUUUGUUUCAUUUUUCUUAUGGGUGCCCACAUCUUGACAUUUUCCAUCAUGAUGAACACUCUUUCCAACCACGGUGCCUGCACUAUCAUCUUUUGUCUGGUGGGAGCCAUUCUCUGCUUCGUCCUGACGCUCUCGAGGCGCCUGGAGGAAGUGUCUUGGCUUGGAAUCAUCUCUUCGGCCUCGAUCUUCACGGCCGUCAUGAUCACCAUGAUUGCCAUUGGCAUUGAAGCACCCGAUCCUCGAGCCUAUGCCAUUACCCACCCAAGCCUUAUGAACGGAUUCCAGGCAACUCUGAAUAUCGUUCUGGCCUAUUCUGGUCACAUGUCCUUCUUCAGCUUCCAGUCAGAGCUGGCUAACCCGGCUGAUUACCCGAAAGCUCUGAUUGCUUUCCAAGCCACCGAUACUUCGCUAUAUCUUGUCACUGCCCUAGUCAUCUACCGAUAUGGCGGGCCAAACGUGGCGAGUCCCGCUUUACUCAGCACCAGCGCACUCGUUUCCAAGAUUGCUUUUGGUAUCUCCAUCGGAACAAUUGUUAUUGCUGGAGUUGUCAUUUGCCAUGUAGGUGCAAAGUGCAUCUACGUGAGAUUGUUCCGUGGCACCCACACCAUGAGCGAAAGAUCCUUCCGUUCCUAUGGAAGCUGGGUUCUCAUUACUUUCCUCAUGUGGACCGUUGCGUGGUUGAUCGCCGAGGCAAUCCCUGUUUUCAACGACCUUCUCAACAUGAUUGCGGCUGCAUUCUGCAGCUGGUUCUCGUUUGGCCUGGAGGGCCUUUUCUGGUUGAAGAUGAAUCGCGGAAAAUACACCGCGAAUUACCGAAAGAUGGCCUUGACCGCGUUGAAUAUCUUCUUGGUUGUCGUGUGUUGCCUGAUUUGUGGAAUGGGUCUUUGGGCUACAGGAACAAGCAUUCGAAUCAAUGCCAAGUCCGCAGGUCGUCCUUUUCUCCUGCGCCUCUAA